AUGAACGUCAACAAGUCUAAACAUUAUGUCACCAACAAAGGGAAAAAAGUUUUUAUGAAGAAGGUCAUAUAUGAGGAAGACAUUAGGAGUUUACAAGACCUCGGGAUUGAUAAAGCUUCUAUGUAUGAAGAGGAAAGAUCAACCAAGAUGUCAAAAAAUAUGUUCCAACAUCUUGCUCAGAAGUCUGAAUUAUCUCAUGAAGAUUGGGUCAUUGAAGGGAAGGCUAAUGGUCAGACUGGAGGUCCUCCAAACUUUGAACAACCUACUUCGGUUAGGAAGAAAAAGCUGAAGAAGAAUGGUUAUGACAUAGUUCAUCCAAAUAGAACGACUUCUCAUAUGUUUGAAAGUGUGAUUAACCAAAGACAUGAUAAGAUGAUUGGUGAAGAAAAAGAUGAUGUGUUAAAGUCUAGCCGCAAGAGACAUGAUUAUAUAAUUGUUGAUAAGUCUGAUUUAGCUUCCAGUGGAAGUAUAAGUGUUGUUUCACUCGGGUUUGGGUCUAUAAGAAGUUAUCACGAUGAAGAUUACCAUGGAACGAUCUUGAGAAAGCAUGAUGGUGAUAAGGAUGUGACAGACAUCCCGUAUGACAUGUUGAAAGAGCCUCAAGUGCAUAAGGUGAAUAAAAAUCAUGUACAUGAAGAUUCUGAGGUUGAUAGUGCCAUAACUAAUGGUGAUGUUGUUAACAACCAUGAUCAUGCAUUAGAAGAUGUGAAGACUCUAAGUGAAGGUGUGAAUGAGAUUCAUUUUACUACUAAUGGCAAGGAGUAUAAAUUGAUUUCAAAUGAUAUGACUACCUAA